AUGGCCCAGAAAACCCAGAAGAGCAGAGUUCUGUUGGAUGAGCUAGAUGAACUGAAGAAGAAGAAAAGGCGUACGGAGGUGGCAUCAAGGCGCUUGAGCAAGCAGCAGAUGAAUAUGCAAAAGCAAUGGAGAAACAGGGAUAAGAAAAUUAUCGCCAAGUUCAACGUCAUGAGUUCUCCCGAGCUGACGGUGACGCCUCAAUCAUGUCUGAUGGACGAGUCCGUAACGGUCAAAGUGACGGGUCUCAAGAGGGCCUCCGUAUACACGCUCCACACAACGGCCUCGGACAGCAACGGUGUGCCUUUCUUUACGGUCGCGACGUACAAGUUCAGCCACUCUGACGUCACGAAGCCCAUUCAGUUUGUACUAUCGCUGUACCAAUGCCCCAUAGCUGUCCAGCUCGCAACGAUCGGAGCAGAAAAGAGUGGCCUGAAGCCCGUGUGCAGCGUGCAGCACGAGCGUCUCCUCAUGGCCGAGGGCUGCCAGAGGAUUCCUGUGAGGGACGGCAAGGUGCGAGGAACGCUCUUCCUGCCUCCUGGCGAAGGGCCGUUCCCCGGCGUUGUGGACAUGUUCGGAGGAGCAGGAGGUCUGAUGGAGCACCGAGCUGCCCUAUUCGCCGCCAGGGGCUUCGCUACUCUCGCCCUCGCCUACUUCGCGUACGAGGACCUGCAGGAGAGCAUGCAAACGGGCUUCGAUAUCGCCUACUUCGACGAGGCCGUCCAGUAUCUCCUCUCGCGGCAAGAGGUACGCAAGGUUGGCGUUGGUGUGAUAGAGUCGAGCAAGGGAGAUAUCGCUCUCAGCAUGGCCACCUAUAUUCCUCAGAUCAAAGCCGCGGUCGUCGUGAACGGUGGCAUCUACUCGGCCGUUGGUGCUUUUAAGCUCCUUGACGGCACCCACAGAGCUGUUGUGCCUCUUGCAUUCGAGAAAUUAGUUCUGCACAGGGACGGUGUAAUGGAAACGUACCACGCCAUGUCGGAUCCGCCCGACCAUCCUGAGGCGAUCAUCCCUGUGGAGGACGCGUACGGCGACAUCCUUUGGCUGAGCGGUCUGGCUGACCGAGCUAUGAACACGGAGAUGUUUGCGCGGCUGGCGGUCGAGCGCUGCACCGAGCGCGGCAAGCCCGACAAGGUUAAGGUUCUUAAGUACCCCGGCGCGGGACACCUUCUUGAGCCCCCAACAUCCCCUGCAGCAGCAUCACGUUGCAGGAGCUCAUGA